AGUUUUGUGUUUUUAAAGCUGAAACUCGUUUUAUUUGAAGUCUGACAGUGGUUGACGUGAGCAGGAAGUUCAAGACGGGGAUGAGAUGAAAAGAAUAAAAGCUGCAGUUUCACUUACCUGGUAUUUGUUAUGUCACAUGUCUUUUUUUCUCAUUUUUUUUUACAAAGGAAAAUAUUCUAACAAGAGGAAAAAAACAACUCUGAAGGUUCACCCACCCACAUACCCACAGUUUCCAGGCUGACAAACAAGGCCGCAUCAAAGUCUGGCUUGCAGCUGAAGUCACGUGACCAGCAGAGGAACUACCCAGCACACCACCUCCAUCCUCACCCACGGCCUCGUUUAUAAACCUCAGAACCUCAGACAGAAGAAAGCACACCAUCGAGCUCUUCACUGAAGGAGAACAGCAGCCUUCAGGAGGAGAAAAAAAAUAAAACAACAGAGGACCUAUUUAAAUUGAAGUUUUAAAAUAAGGAUGUUGGUAAAGGUUAUCAUCUUUGGAGGGAUUCUCCUUCUUAUGUCAGAAGUAAGAUGUGGAAUGAAAGAGGUACUUGUUGAGGCAGGAUCUCAGGCCGUGCUACCCUGCAAAUGUACAACGACAAGCUGCGAUCCUGCUGCCAUCACAUGGAGCAAAGACAAGAAAGGCACCGUUUGGAGGAAGCAAAAAAGCGGUCUGCAGUACUGGGGCUCGAACUGGGUGGAGAACGGGAUUCAACGAGUGCGAUGCCCCCACACUGGCUUCGUUCGAGGGGAUUACAGCCUCCAGAUUAACAAGGUGAAGGAGGAGGAUGGAGGACUUUACUUCUGCAGGGUGCAUAUUGCAGACAACAUCAUCGAAAACCACCGUGUCAUGCUUCGGAUUAUUCAGGUGACCAUCUCUCCACCGGCGCCCAUGUGGGGGGACUUUGUGUCAGUCACUUGCUCCGUGACUCCUUGGCCUAAUGAGGCUUAYGUGAAGUGGCUCCUGAACAAUAAGACAUAUUGGCCCAAGACCGGAUCAAUCAUAACCAAACAGAAAAGUAUCGUGGAAGAGAGGGCGACUGAGAAGUUAGCAGGGAACUGGACCUGUGUCCUUAGAGCUCAGAAAGAAUGGCGAGUCUCUGCGAGGUUGUCUGUGCGAGGAAUCAGCCAACCGCCUAAAAACAAUGUCAAACUUUACGCUGCGGUGGGGUCUGCAGUCACUCUCCCAUGCGUGUUAUCUCCUGGAUUAGCUUUUACAAAGAUGACUUUAGAGAAGACAGAUGGUCCGGAACGUCUCCCUCUCACCAACAAGUUUGUCCGUCCRAGAUCUUUAGAUAAGUCCUUUAUGAUCCAGGAAGUCACGAUGGAGGAUCAGGGCCAGUACAGAUGUGCAGUAACAGUGAGAGGACACAGUCUGAAUCGAACAAUGCAGCUCGUCGUCGCGAAAAUUGUUCAGUCAACGAAGAAAGACUCUGUGGCGUUGACCUGCCAUCUGACAGACGCAAGCGAAGUAACGGAGUACGAGUGGGUCCACGUGACCUAUGACCUCAACGGCACGAUGACCGAGGGGCCCGUCGUGAAGGGACCGAACCUUACCCUGAAGGAAGACUGGGGUGAAUGGACGUGUCGUUACUUUGGGAAAGAAGGAAUUUUUGGGAACGUGACGACCCAGGUUCAGAUAAUGAGUGGUCUAAGUGGAGAAAGCUCAGGCGUCUCAGGAAACAUGGGUACUGUGAUCGGACUCAGUUUUCUCCUCAUCAUUCUGAYGCUGUUUCUCACUCAGAUGUACAAAAAUCACCAAAGGAGGAAAAGAAUAUUACAGUAUCCUGCUCUGGAGACCAUCAUUCACAACGUCUCCAAUGAGCGUGAUGAGAAAGAAAGGAGCCGAGUAAAGAAGUAAAAGAAAAAAAGAAAAAUUAAAAUCACAAAUGCUAAAUCAAACUGAAAGUUUUCACUGCCUGCCAUAAAUUGGGAUGCUUGUAUUUGCACAGAUUUUUGUAAAUAAUCUCAGAGCAGACUUUUGUAGCAGAAACUGUUCAAACUAUGGAAGAGUUCAAACUGUAAAUAUGCUUUAUAUUAUCUGUAAAUAUUCCUAAUUGUACCAUUUAAAGGUUUAUUUCAAAACGUUUCAAAAAUAAAGUGCACAUAACAGAAAUCAUGGCUUUAUUUCCUGUGUAAAAUAAAAUUAAACCACUGAACAAAAAACAAAUUAUUAACAUAAAUAAAAUGRAAACUAAUGUAAAAAUAACAUUGGCCACAUAUAGUAAAUCUAUAUUACAUUACUUUACAUAAAUUACACUGAAGACAUUUUUUAAUAUUUGUGUGUAAAAAAGUGUUUACCAUGUUUGCAAAGGUUUAUUUACAACUUUUCUGUUCCUUAGAUUUUUCGAAAAAUGU